UUAUUAUAAAAAAUAGAAUGGGUCCUAUAAGAUAGUUACAAUCUUUUGUAUGUGCUUAGACAUUUUGGCCAUAGUUCAUGAUUAGAUGGUUCUAGGCUGAAAAAGGACCAUUUACAAUCUUUUUUUAUUGUCCUUUUGCUAAAUGGGGAAUAUCAAUAGCCAAUAUAAAUGAUAUGAUCAAAAAGCCUGUUGACACAAUCAACCCAGUUUAGUAAUCAGUUAUAACAUUAACUGGAACCCUAAUAGCUAGGUAUCUGAUAUAAUUAAUUAAUUAGAUGGUGUUGGGUAUUAUCACCAAGAUAAUAUAUGUUAGUGGUAUGUAAUUCAGUGAUGGCAUGUACAGGAAUAAUUCAAUUAUGGAGAAAACAGUAUAUAUUUCAAUCAUGUAAUUAGUUAAGCUGGUCUCUUAUUUUGAAAUAUUAUAUGUAUAUUUCGAAUAUAUAUAAAUAAUGGAUAGA